GGCAUGCGCGUUCGAGGAUGCUACGAAAAUCGUGCUCGUGAGUGUUUUUAUGAAUUCAAGUGAAUUUUGAACUUUGUUUGUGUAACGUGAAAGUUGUGUCUGUUAAAUAUUGUUCAUAUUUCUUUAGUGAUUGUGUUUUUUAAUUUGUCACAAUGAAUAAAACUUGUGCAAGGUGCGAAAAAACAGUUUAUCCAACGGAGGAAUUGAAAUGUUUAGACAAGGUGUGGCACAAAGGCUGUUUCAAAUGCCAAGAAUGCGGGAUGACGCUCAACAUGAGAACUUACAAGGGCUACGGGAAGCUGCCGUACUGCGAAUCACAUGUCCCGAAGGCGAAGCACACAACAAUGGCGGAAACGCCGGAACUGAAGCGGAUAGCUGAGAAUACAAAAUUACAGAGCAACGUCAAAUACCACGCUGACUUCGAGAAGAGUAAGGGGAAAUUCACACAGGUAGCAGAUGAUCCAGAAACCCUCAGAAUCAAGGCGAACACAAAAAUAAUCAGCAAUGUCGCGUAUCACGGGGACUUGGAGAAGAAGGCGCAGAUGGAAAAACAGAGGCAGAUAAACGAGAACGGAGAAAUCGUGGACGUAGCCACCAACGAUAACUACCACCAACAAAUCGAAAAUUACGCCACUGAAAUGCUACCACCGAACUUACCACCGCCGAAUCUGCCACCGAAGAACCACUACCAGACACCAGUAGCGCAGUCUCAUCGUCAGUACCAACCGGAGUAUCGCCAGGACGAAUAUUAUUCACAACCAAAAUACGAGAACUAUCCACAGAAUGCAAAUCAGUAUCAGAGUUAUGGUAACCAGAAGAUUGGUAGGAUUCAAGAUUACGAUCCUCUGAGCGAUGGUCCGAGACAGCCUCCGAACACGCAGAGGGCGUCAGCUACUUUGAUUUAUAACAGUUCCAAUGAAGGGAAGCGAGGUGCGCAUCAAGUCCUGCAGCAGCAACAACAACAACAGCAGCAGCAGCAGCAGCAGCAGCAGAGUAGCCGGCACAUCGGUCGCGUCACCGACCUCGACCCACUUGCUAACGAACAGCAAAACCAUCGCGCUUCAAACCACCACAAUCAGAGAGUUUACAUUGCCAUGUAUGACUACGAAGCGAACGACAGUGAUGAAGUGUCAUUCCGCGAAGGCGACUACAUAUCGAACGUGACCUCCAUCGACGAGGGCUGGAUGACGGGGCAGGUGCUCCGCACCGGUCGCACCGGCAUGCUGCCCGCCAACUACGUGGAGCUCGCCACCGACGGCCGUCCGCGCUGAUACCGCCAGCGAGACACAUCACGCAGCAAGCAAGCCACACGAGAUACUAAUCACAAGUCACUAACCACACACCAAGUCAGACUCACUCACGACUCACGCACGAGAUACAAGUCACUAUAUUUCAUAUUAAAUAUACAAUGACAGAAAAUAAAUUACAGCCGAUUCCAAUGGCAGGGGGAGAAAAAAAUAAACAAACAACGUUGACCUUGAAUUGACAUGACGUCAUCGGUCGAAAUUUAAUAAUAAUCUGUGGUAUCCAUUUUGGAUUCGUGUAAUGUUUGCUUAAGUUUACACCUCUUGCCGUUGUUAUAUAGUAUACAUAAGUGAUUCACUGACAUACGCCAUUGAUACUAAUGAAAUGAAUAAAUAAAACGCCACUAACACCAUUGAUAGACAAUAAACCGCUAUAGAAUAGUACGAUACGAUAUAUAUAAUAUUAAUUUGUAUAACAUGCCACUGUCGUAUUCGACAUACGCCAACUAAUGAUACAUACUUAUUAUAUACAUAUAUAAAAUUUAUAACUUAUACAAGAAAUACGCUUUUGUUUUUUUUUAAAAUAUGAUAUAAUAAACUAAAAUUAUUUAUUCGAUACUUUGGCGCCUAACUUAUGUAAAAAUAUUACUCGGUAAUAAUUUUAAACAUAUGGUCGUAAUGGCGCCAAAAACGAAUUCUGUUUUUAAUUUACAAAAUUAACUCCAUUGCAUUGUAUGUUCUAGAACGAUGCGCGUCCUUAUAAAGAACUGAAAUCAUUAAUAAAUUCUCAGUAAACAUUAUUUAUGUAUUUCAUAAUAUACAGAAAAUAUUAUAUAAAUAUGAAUACAUAAUUGCAUUUUGAAAUCAUUCCAAAAAAUCAUUAGAUUAUUUUUAUUUUAUCUUAUGGCAACAUUUUGAGAGAUUAUAAUAUUAUGUUUAAUUGGCUACUUAAUAAAUUAUUUGAACAAUUUGUACUACAAAAUGGUUUUUUUUUAGUGUUAAAAAAAUGUAUAUUCUUGGGAUUUUUUUUAAGGAUUUCCAAAAAUAUGUGUAUGAUGAAAACUUUCGAACAAUAUUUUACGAUAAUUUUUGUACCUGGUCACACAGCAGGUUGCAAUAUAUUUUACACAUUGUAAAUAAUUUUACAUUUAGAUAUAAACAGUAUGGUGUAUACCAUAUUUUUAUAUAUAUUUUUGUAGAAAUAAAUUUUUAUAGUUACAUCUUUUAAUAAUUCUAAAAAUGCGAUCAAUGCAUAAUAAAUAUUUUAGGCACACAUAUUUUUUAAAUCACAUUCCGAUAAAUUUUUUUUGGGAACUUGUGUCUUAUUUUUUUUUUAACAUUUUAAUACACUUAGUGUCUUUUUAAUCUGUUUUAUUACUAUUAGCGCCAAUUUUUAUCGAAACAUAAUUUUUUUAAGUAAAUUUCAAAUGAACUUAUCCUGUUAUGUUGACUUCGAAUUAAUUAUUAUUAUAUUAAGAAUGGUUUAAAGGUGAAAACAAAAAUAGGGCGUAAGUUCUCGAGUAUUUAAGUUAUAAUAUCGUUACAGUCAUAGAACAAAUCCGGUUCUGUAAUAUUUAUUAAAAAAUUGCCUGUAAGUUUCCCACUGGUGUGGAGCUUAGCAUGGUGGAACCAAAAAUCCACUGAACAGUCAGUGGAUUUUUAUAUUGAUUAUUCCAUAUUCUAUAUAUAUAAAUAAUACCUUUCUAAUUAUUAAAUUCUUUAAAGUAAACAAAUUCAUUUUAACGCACAGAAUAUUAAAAAGCAUGUUGUUUCAUAAUUAUAAUAUAUAAAAAAAUUAUGUCGUUGCAAAACUGUUAUUGUUCUAAGUUUGUAAUGAUAUAUUGUCCGAUUAUAUUAUAUCUUGUUUUAAUAACAGAUUUGAUUGUGUUGAACAAAAUGUCUAAAACGGAUAUUUAACAGGACUAAAAUUUAAUAAGUCACUAAGUUAUGUUUUAUCUUUUACAUCUUUAUGAAAAUAGGCAAUUUUCUCUGUUAACCAAUUUUUUUUUUGUUAUAAUCUUUAGAAUUGCCAAAAAAAGAAUGAAAUUGUAGUGGAAAAAGUUUUUCUCAAAUUAACAAUGAUUAUGGUCAAAAUAUGUAAAUACUCUUUUAUAACCGAUCAAUCCACUUUUAUUUUACAUGAUUUAUUGAUGGUUUUUUUUUUGUUUUGGUUAAAAACACUAUUAUUAUUAUUACUAAUAUUGAAUAAAGAUGAAACCGCAACAUCAAAUGCCAUAAAUGAAAAAAGAAAUGAAAUGGAAAUAUUUUCAGUCCAGUCAAAGUUGUGAGGUUGCCGAUACCUGAUUUUAGUUCUGUUAAAUCUAUUUAGGGGUUGUGUACACCUAAAUCAACCUUCGAAACUUAUUGUUAAUUCCAAGUGUUGCACGGUUAGAUUAGACACUUUAUUUUAUUUAUUAUUUUAUUUACUCAAGACUAUGCUGCCCUUUUGAUUGUUAAAUCUCAUUUUAUAAGCCAAUUUUUUGGGGCAGUCUUUGUCUUAGUAUGUAAUUUGUUAUAAUUGUAAGCAUUUUUAAUACAUCACAAUUAAACGGCUUAAUUAUGAGCGAGGUUAUCAAAUCGUAUAUUUAUUUUUAAAAAUUCAUUUUUGUUCAUUUGGCAUGUCAAAUAUAGUUUUUAAUCUUUUUUUUUUUUGUAAUAUCAAAGCUAUGUUUUUUGUAGUUUUAAAUUGUUGAAUUUUCGCUCAUCGAUACCACAAGUUACGAGCCUUAUGAAUGGUAACAGUAUUAUAUGCCGAUCCGAUGUUACAGUGCCUAAUAUUUAAUAAAAUUUAAGCAA